AUGCUUACACACAAACCACAAAACAACGACACGUAUCUCGAUCGCUCAUCCUCUUCUACAAUUGUCUGUCCUUCCUCCAUUACGACACGAACUUUUGUUCCAUCGAGUAAUAGUAGUAACAGUAUUAGUAGUCACUCAGUGAGUUCAUCUAAUGAAUUCUCAAAUGUAUCCGAUCUGUUAAAAACAUACAAUAACUUUGAAAGUUUUAUUCAGCAACAUGAUGGAAAGCAAAGAUUGAAAGAAUAUUUAGAGUCGUUACGAAAUGAAGAACAAUUAUUGUUUGUGGAAAUUAUGGAACCUUUUAUGACUCGGAAUCUUGAAAUUCUAAAUAAGGAAAAUAUAAACUCCAGUUCGAGAACAUGCGAACCAUCACUUCAGAACCAACAUGUGAGUACUAGUACUCGCGAUUGGAGCGAAAAGAGUAAUAGCUACUACUACUACUACUCGGAAUUGAUCAUGAACCAAGAGAAUGAAUGGCCUUCCAAUGACAUUAUUAUGGAAAGUGUGAAAAAUGCUUCUCGUCAUCGACAUGGUCAUUUGCAACCUUCUUCUUCUUUGAUGAAUCAAACCAUGUUGAUGAAUUUGGACAUCAACACAACGAAUUCUGAAGGAGAACCUCAUUGGACCAGUUUAUGUCAAGUUGUAUUCACACAAUUUUUAAAAGAUGACUCUCCUCAUCAAUUGAAUGUGAGUUCCAAGUUGAAAACAAAUGUGAAACAAGCAUCUCUAUCCAAUUGUGAACAAGAAGCCAAGAAAGCUCUCACCACUCUCUACCAUGAAGUAUUAUCACAAAUGAAAGAAGAAGCAUUUCAUCAUUUAAGAAAAAGUGAAGAUUUUAAAAUUUGGAUUCUUUCGAAGGCCAUUGAAUUUUCUCAAAAAGCAGAACAAUAUUCAGUUCAAACAUUUCUUGAAGAGAAUGAAAUGGCAGAAAAUUGGCCUCUCUUCAAAAAGAAAAAACUAUGUACCAUGAAAGAUAUUCGAGAAAUGACAGAGGAUGAUUUUAGAAAAUUGGGUGUGAAAAAAUUGGGUCAUUUGAAGCGAUUAGUGAGGAAAACGACUGAACAUUUCAUGUGUUCUGUUCAGUCGACGAGUUUGGCGAAUCAAUAA